CUACUUAAUAAAUUGUAUUGUAAAUAUUUUAAAAUAAUAUUAGAUGAUAGUGUAAAAUAAUUCUCAACUAAUGAUAUUGUAAUUCACUACGAUAAUUUUAUUUUAUUCGUAUUGUUCAUUCUCAACCAUGUAGAUUAGAAGUUAUUUAUACAAAUUUACAGUAAAAUUAAAUAAGUGCUUUAUUACAAUGGCUAUGUUAAAAAAGGGCCAAUUGGCCUUCGAAGACAAAUGGCCCUCAAUGCACCCUAUAGUGUCAAAAUUAUUAAAACAAGAAUCCAUAACCCAGUCAGAGUGGCAAGAUUUAUUUUAUUCAGUUCAUUUAGUGUGUUUGUGGGAUGAAAAAGGUCCUAUUAAAGUACGGGAUGCUCUACAAGAAGAUAUUGUUAAAUUCAUCAAAGAAGCACAAGCUCGUGUGUUAGCCCAUUGCGAAGAACAAGCCUUGCUCAAAGCUUAUAUCAAAGAAUGGAGAAAGUUCUUCACCCAAUGUAAUUAUCUACCUACCCCCUUUAGACAAUUAGAAUCAGCCCUAUUAGGCAACAGUUCUCACACUUCUAUGCACUACUCUUCGGGAACAAAUAAGAAAAUAACACCGGAUGAAAGUAUAGUGAGGAAUUUAAUGCUCGAUUCCUGGAACCAAAGUAUAUUCUUGGACAUAAAAAAGACUUUACAAGACUCAGCUAUGAAACUUGUGCAUGCUGAACGUAACGGUGAAGCCUUUGACUCACAACUUGUAAUAGGUGUGCGUGAAUCGUAUGUUAAUCUAUGUUCUAAUCCUGAUGAUAAAUUACAAAUUUACAGAGAGAAUUUUGAAGCUGCCUAUAUACAAGCUACAGAAAGUUUUUAUAAACUUCAAGCGAAUGAGUAUUUGCAAGAGCAUGGUGUUCAAUCAUAUAUGCGGUAUGCUGAUUCAAAGUUAAGAGAGGAAGAACAAAGGGCUCAUAGGUAUUUAGAGCCUGGAAGCGGUAGUGUUGCUUGUUUAAUCCAAAGUUGUGUCUCAGUACUUGUUAAAGACAGGUUAUCUACUUUGUUAGCUGAAUGUGCCCCACUGAUAUCAGCCGGAGAGACUGAAAGAUUGCAAUUGAUGUUUAAAUUACUUGACAGAGUCCCUGGAGGCGUCGAUCCAAUGUUGCGAGACUUAGAAACACAUAUAGUAUCAGCAGGCUUAGCAGAUAUGAAAUUUGCUGCUGAUAUUAUCACUCAGGAUUCUGAAAAGUACGUAGAACGACUCCUGGAUUUGUUCAAACGUUUCAGCACCUUGGUGGAAGAAGCAUUCUUAGAUGACCCAAGAUUUCUCACGGCGCGUGAUAAAGCUUACAAAAACGUUGUAAAUGAUACAAGUGUCUUCAAAUUGGAACUACCGGUAUGUAAUAAUUCAAGAACCACUAAAAUUUCAGCACCCGAAAGCAAAUGUCCUGAGUUAUUAGCUAAUUAUUGUGAUAUGUUGUUACGACGAACCCCCUUAAGCAAAAGAUUGACAAGCGAAGAGAUAGAAAAAAAACUUAAAAACGUACUUUUGGUACUAAAAUAUGUGGGUAAUAAAGAUGUCUUCAUGAGGUACCACAAAGCACAUUUAACUAGACGGUUAAUUCUUGAUACCAGUGCUGAUAGUGAAAAAGAAGAGGAUAUGGUCGAAUGGUUGCGUGAAGUUGGAAUGCCUGCUGAUUAUGUAAACAAAUUAGCCAGGAUGUUCCAAGAUGUGAAAGUCAGCGAAGAUCUUAACACUCAAUUUAGGUCAGAAACAACCAGACAUGAUGCUAUAAAUAUUAAAAUUUUAAAUGCAGGCGCUUGGGCCAGAGGAUCUGAAAGAGUUUCUGUAAGUUUACCUUUGGAACUAGAAGACUACAUUCCAGAGGUGGAAGAGUUUUAUAAAAUCAAACACUCUGGUAGGAAGUUACAAUGGUAUCAUCACAUGAGCAAUGGAACCAUAACAUUUGCAAAUCAAGUUGGUAAGUACGAUUUGGAUGUUACAACCUUCCAAAUGGCGGUAUUGUUUGCAUGGAAUCAAAGACCGUUUGAAAAAAUCACUUAUGAGAAUUUAAGGCUUGCCACAGAGCUUCCAGACUUGGAAUUAAGAAGGACCUUAUGGUCUUUGGUCGCAUUUCCGAAACUCAAGCGGCAACCUUUAUCUUAUGAGCCCUCAGCAUCCGGUCCUAAAGAUUUUAUGGAACACACCUUGUUCUGGGUCAACCAAGAUUUUUCCCUGAUUAAAAAUGGUAAACCACAAAGGCGCGGUAAAGUCAAUCUUAUAGGACGACUGCAGUUGAGCACAGAGAGGUCUCAAUUAGAAGACAACCAUUCCAUAGUGCAGUUGCGUAUUUUAAGAACCCAAGAAGCCAUAAUCAAAAUCAUGAAAAUGAGGAAAAGACUGGCAAAUGCAGCUCUGCAAGCAGAACUAGUGGAUAUCUUGAAGAAUAUGUUCCUUCCCUCAAAGAAGAUGAUCAAAGAACAACUCGAGUGGCUGAUUGAGCACAAAUAUAUGAAACGAGACGAUGAUGACAUCAACACUUUUAUAUAUUUGGCGUGAUUCCUAAAAUGGGCCCUUCUGCUUGUGAUUUACUAUCUAAAA